UGAUUUAAAUCGACGCGUUCACACUUGUUGGCUUUCCGGUCCGAUUUGCUGGCUUGCGGCGUGUUCUUAGUAGAUCUAUCAUUAAGAAAGUAACAACGAGUCGUAUUAUUUUGAUUUUAUUUGCACUAAUGGCGAAGUCCAGUACUCUUGAAGUAGACAUUGAGUUUUUAAUAUCACUGGUCGAAGCUAGACCUGUGCUAUGGGACAAAACAUUGAGCAUAUACAAAGAUAAAAAUGAAACAAAUAAGGCAUGGAGGGACAUUUGCGUUUUAAUUAAGGAUGAUUUUAAGGAAAUGGAGGUCGCAGAAAAAAAUAAAUAUGGCAAAGAAUUGAUAAAAAAAUGGGGAAAUAUCCGAGAUGCCUACAUAAAAUCCCGCAAAAAACAAGCAGCAGUUUCAAAAUCUGGAGCGGGUGUUUCAAACGUAAAAAAAUAUAUUUACAAUGAUCAGCUGCAAUUUAUGAAUAAAAUUUACCAGGAAAGGCCAACUUCUGAUAGUAUUUUGAAAGAAGGCGAAAGUUCCCAACAAGAAAUCUCUCAGGAUGGAGAAGCUCACGAGGGAGAAAAUAAUAGCGAUAAUGUUGGUCAGUUCAAAAAACCAGAAAAGAGCGUGGAUCACGAAAACGUAAAUUGGAUGAGGUUGAUAUAAAAUUGUUACCAGCGUUAGAUGCUCAACCUGACAGACAUUUAUCGCUUUUCAAAGGGAUCAUUCCGUCCCUACAAACAUUCGACGAUGAUGAAAUCUUACAAUUUCAAAUGGGGGUUCUGCAACUUAUUCAAAAUAUGAAACAAAAGAAACGAUCUACGACAUAUCAACAUCAACCGAACACCAAAACAGUUAAUCACAAUUUUCCAUACCAGACACCUCCCAUAUACCACAAGCAGUAUCAAUAUGAAAUUGUUACUCCUCAACAACCAAUGAACACAAACUAUACUACAUUGUUGACCACUAGCCAUCAACAGGAACCAGUCAGAGUACAACCAUAUUCCAGUCAGUCAAAUAUGCCCUACCCGGCCUGUCCGCCAUCGGAAAUUGAAACGGUUUUCAGUCCAGCAGCUACUCUGUCCCCAACAUUUUCCUCUGCAAGUUCAUCUAUAAUAGACUCUGUGGAUUUUGCUUAGCAAUAAAUUAUAGUUAAAGAAACUAAAGGUCUGAUCCAAUAAGCGAUCUCAGACUGCUUGCAAACGCUAAGACAGGAAGAAUUUAUUAUAUACCACAUACGUAACAGAUCUACUGAUCUUGCAAAUUAAUUAUGA